AUGGCGGAAAUUAUAGUAGCAUCUACUGUGCAAAUAUUACAGGAUUCUUCUAACGAAAGCAGUUCCAGUUCCGAAGAAGAAAUAUUGCAGAGCACAACUUUUGAAUACAUUCUAAGCAUUAUUAGUAAUGAUCUAGUAAGAAAAAUAAAAAGAUGCAGUACAAUUCCACCUGAUCAACAAUUAAUGAUUGCUUUAUGGAAGAUGGCUACAAUGGAUUCAUACAGAAUUGCUCAGCAAUAUAUUUGUUGGCCUUCAGAUGAUCGCGCACAGAUUAUAAUGCACAAUUUUGAACGCGCUAGUGGAUUUCCUAAGAUAAUUGGUGCUAUAGAUGGCACUCACAUUAAAAUCGAAGCACCAAAACAAAAUCCAACAGAUUACAUAAAUCGAAAAGGAUAUCAUUCCAUUCAACUGCAAUCAUUUAGUGGGAGAUGCAGCAUAUGCAUUACACGAACAUCUCUUAGUGCCGUUUAAAAAUAACGGACAUCUGACUGCU